AUGAAUUCACAGGGGUUACGAGGAGGAGUUCACAAAAAAUCACAAAUUUUGACUACCUCACGACCAGUAAACAGUCAAAAAACAGGUGCUCUAUUUGAAGAUAGAGACGAUGACGCCGAUGAUGACGAUAAUAAAUCAGCACCUGGUAAAGAGAACGAGAGCGAACGCUCAAAAAUUGAUCCGACUGUUGUGGACGAUGCCAAGUUUGAUGCUCUUUUGAGCAAGGAAGAGAGCUCGAAAAAGGCCCACGAAGGAUAUUCACGUAAGACAAGACAUUCGCGUACUGGCAAGAGGUUGACCCGGAUGGUAGAAGAAAACAUCCGGAUGGUAGAACAAAACAUCGAGGAAACAGAUCUGCAGGAGAUGCGGAAAUUGGAAGAACAAAACAACCGAAUUACUGCGUUUUUGGAGAGUCCAGAUACCAACAAAACAAUAUCACAACGACCACCGAGACUUCGAAACAGAUCCUCAUCGUCGCGCGAGAAAGAUAAAUACGAAGAGAUUCUAGCUGUGAGACUACGAUAUUUGAAGAUGUUCAAAAUUCCGCCUAUGCUAUUUGCAGAUGAGCUUAGAGAAAAAGCGAAAAAACACCUUCCAAUUCUUGAAUUGGUCCUAACCGGAGAACGCAGCUCGAUGUUUUAUCACAAGGCUCGCGAAGUUUUUCAGGCCUCGAACAAUGCUGUUUUGACAACGAACGAGCUGCGGACACUGGAUCUCAACCAAUUCACAGCCGGGUUCUACGGUAUAAGGAGACAGAUGCUGAUAUCUGUGGAUAUUAUCAAUGCAUAUGAGAGCACCUUGAAAAACCUGAGCAGCAAAACGUUGAAAUGGUGGGGGGUGCGUGACUUCGCACAGUACGUUUUGGCUCCUGAACUGCUAUGUGCGCUUUGCUGCGAAGAAAUGAACCUGACAACCCAGGAAGCAUGGGAUGUUAUGGAGGACACUACGGAGUUUGGGCGUAUAGUGGCUGAUCGAGAUCCCUUGGAGACGUUCGAAAUGGAAAAUGAAAAACGCGUUUUGAAGAAACUAGGUUUGGACGAUCGAUUUUUUUCGAAGACCUACAGGGUGCAUAAUGCUGUUGCUCGAGAUAAGCUGAAACAGAAACAGAAACACAAACAGAAACAGAAACAGAAACAGAAACAGAAACAGAAACAGAAACAAAAUUCCGGUGGUAGUGGUAGUGUCGGCGAAGAAAUAGAAGUCACAUGA